AUCCAAAGAUAGUCAUCGGCCAUUGAAUGACAGAUCAGAAGGGAAUAAUUCCAUUUCACACAUAGCAUCAUUCCCUCGUCAAAAUCUUCUCCUACUUUUAUCUUCUGUUCAAUAAAACCUGUUUACUUCAACAAAUCCAAUCUUCUUUCUCAAACCCUAAAUCAAACCCUCAAUCCAUAGCAAAAAGCAAGAAUCUCGACAAUUUCGAAGAAAAUGGCAAAAACAGAUGAAAUUCACACCAUUUCCUUAUCAUUCACUGAUUUCCCAGAAGAUGUGCAGCUCUGUAUCCUCUCUUUUCUCACUCCUUUAGAUAUCUCUAAUUUCGCCUGCACUUCAAAGCGCUUCGUCUCUCUUUGCCGUGAUGACCCAAGACUCUGGUUUCCCAUGUGUCACCGCAAAUGGGGAUCCAAAACCCAUAUUAACAAAUGGGUUAAUAACGGUAAAUUCUCAUAUAAGCUUCUUUACAAUACCCUUUUAGAGUACGAGAAUCUCAUUGGCUUCUGGCGCCUCAGUGGUGCUGAUUCUGAUACUGAUUCCCCUUUAAUCUUUUUUGAGUGGGGUCCAUUUUAUAUAGCUGGUUCAAGGGUCAAACCCGCAAGAAAUUGUACUUAUGGAGUGAUAAAGUCGCCAUUUUUAUGGAUGGGUUUUAACUCUAAGGGUGAAGUUGUCAAUUAUCUUGAUCCUGAAGGGAGGGUUGAAUUAUCAGAAAAUGUGAUGAAUUUAGAUGAUUUGGGUUUUGGGGAUAGUGAAUUGAUUCAGGUGAAUGUGAAUUUCAUGGGAAAAACUCAUGUUGUUCUGGAAGAAAAUUGUGGCAGUGCAUUUGGGUAUUCUUGUAAUUCUCCACAGAAUAGAGGAGGAUUCAGGAAAGUUUCAAGCUCAGGGAACAUGAGGGAAGAGGAGUACGGGGAUUUAUGCGGGUCCCCCGGGAGCUUGCCGGACAGGUUAAUGUCCGAGAUUUAUCAGUAUUUUGCGAACAAGACAAGUCCUGGUGGGAAUGGGUCGUCGAGGAGGCAGAGAAGGAGGGAGAGGGAAAGGCAAGGGAGAAAGAAGUGGGAGCCUGAACAUUAUGUGAAAAUAGUGAAUUGUUCGCCUACUCCAGCCAGGCCUUUGCAGGGCUUGUGGAAGGGAUUCUGUGAUGACAUGACUUUGGAUUUCUUCCUUGUCUCAUAUGAUGAUGUUGGUGGUAUCACUUGCAGAAGGGUUGUGGAAUUAUGUAAACCUUUCUCUGCCUAUGCCCCAGUAUUUUGGACUUCAAAUACCACAUUCAUUGAGUCGCCUUUAUCUUCAGAAGAAGAAAACAUAUAUGAGAGUCGCAUACAUAUUCAGCCCCUUGCUGAAGCUGGUGACCCAUGUGAGAUUCUGCCUAGUUCUGAUAAGGGAGUUGUUUUGCGCAUGCUUUGCAUGAACUCAAGCUACGACUUGGUUAUUCCUGAUUUGGCAGGA